UUUUUUUAAUAAACUCUUUGGCUUUGGUUCACAAAUAAAUAAACACAAUGGCCUUUCCCCACCUUCCUCUCCUCCUGUUGGUGUUUCUUCAUGUUUUUUUAAUUCGAUCUAAACCAGUCAAGUGUGAUGGUAUGGAAGAUAUUUUGUUGGAAGAUAUCAAUUGUCUCAGGCAAUCCUUAAACUUGCAGGACCUCACGCAGAAUGAUGAAGCAACAUGCCUUGCCGAGAAAAUAGUUGACAAGAUAGACAAACAGCCAUGCGAUAACACCACCACCUGCACCACCAACCCCAUCACCAUCCCCACCGCGGACUCCUCUUGCUACCCUAAACUAGCUAAAAAGUUUCCUCGUCUUUUAAAAGAGUGCAAUAUAAACAAUAGCACGGUGAGAGAUGGGGUCAUAUUGCCUUUAUGUGUUGUUGAGAUUGUUACCACUGGCCUAGUCUGCACAAACUGCACGAAAUCACAAUACUCAAAGUACCUCAGUAAUUCCAAUUACACUGGAGCUGGCAUAAACUCAGGAGAUAGUUGGACGGUCAUUGUUUUGAGCACCAACACAACCACUGGAAGCUUUGUUAGUGCUGAUUAUUUGGUUUCUAACAUUGGCUUGAGUCACUACUUUUUGUUAUUAUUGUUGGAAUUGUUUCUCUUGAGCUAAUUAUAUACAAGUGUACGGUUGUCUAUAUGAUCCAUGAAAUAAUGUUGGGUUGUGUAAAAUGUGACCUAAGAAUAGUAUCAACAAAAAUAAUUUCAACUGAGGCGAUGGUUUUAAAAAAAGAAAUUAUGUUAAAGUA